AAGUGUGUAGCUGUCAUUGCGGCGCUGAUUUUGCACAGUGGAAGUGUCUGUGCCCUGCUACAAUCUAGUCAUGAGAUUUGUGUAAAACACGAGCACUUCCCCGUACUUCUCCUCCUCUGGUCCUAUGGAGGCAGGCUGUGCGAGCCGGCAGCAUGGGCUCAAGACUCAAACUAAAUCCUGAGCGGACCUUUUACUGGUUCUUUGAAGCUAUGUGCCCAGUAGCCAGAGACAAAGAUCCCAGUGUGCAGUUUAUGUUCCCAGAGGACUUCGCAGAUGAGGAGUCGUGCCAAACGUUACCACGGUUUUGUUUCCCAUAUGACAUACAAAGAGCCCGGGAUGGUGUGGCGGUCCAGCACUUCACCUUCGCUCUCACAGACCUCGAGGGAUGCCAGCGAUUUGGAUUUUGUCGGCUUGCAAACACUUCACAGACCUGCCUCUGCAUACUCAGUUAUCUUCCCUGGUUUGAAGUGUUUUACAAGCUCCUUAAUAACCUGGCGGAUUACCUCGCAAAAGGACAAACCAACGAGGCGAGGACACUGCUGAGUGAGCUCUACAAGCAGCCUGUCCCACUGGUGUCUGGAUCAGUUACUCUCAGCAUGGGAGAACAGGUGUUGGUCAAUGAGGUGUCCCUCAGUGUGGGGCACCCAGAGGCUCCCGAGGGGGUACCUUACUUCAUUGCUCCUGACCCCAGAAGUCUUCCCUCUAUCCCUGAGAGCAGGAACUUGACUGAGCUCAUUGUAGCUGUUGAUGUUGGGAAUCUUCUCCAGCUCUACGCCAGCAUGCUAUUUGAGAGACGCAUCCUUAUAUUUGCCAGCAAACUCAGCACCCUCACAUCUUGUGUACAUGCAUUGACUGCUGUGCUGUAUCCUAUGCACUGGCAACAUAUCUUCAUCCCUGUUCUACCCCCAAACCUGCUGGAUUACUGCUGUGCUCCCAUGCCGUACCUCAUAGGAGUCCACACCAGUCUGUCAGAGAAAGUGAAGAGUCGAGGUUUAGAAGAAGUCGUUAUUCUGAAUGUGGAUACCAACACAGUGGAAACUCCCUUCGACGACUUGAAGAGGAUCCCCCCUGAUGUGAUGUCCCAGCUGAAGAUGACUCUGAAGAGGCAGGCUGUGUCUCCAGGCUGUGGGGUCUCCAGGGCCUUUUUAAGGGCUCAGGCGCUACUUUUUGGAGGAUACAGAGAAGCUCUGUGCACACAGAAUGGUGAAAUUAGUUUUAACGAAGACCUUUUUCUGGAUCACAAAUCCAACAACAUGAGGCAGUUCCUUCAAAGUGCAGUACAUUUGCAGUUCUUCAAACAGUUCAUUGACAGCCGUUUGGAAAUUCUAAACAAAGGGCAGGAACCUGAUGACCUUUUUGAGGAAGAGAUUGAAAACUGUGAAGCAUCUCCAGGGAAAUCCAGGUCUUAUCAACAAUUUGUUGGCAAUAUAAGAAAGGGAGGGGGAGCACUUAUUCUAAAUGUGAAGUCAAACAUGAAGGCCAAAGGUCUCACAAAGUCUGGACUGAAAAAUUUGUUGAAUCAUAAGCAGAGCCACAAUGAAGAGGCCAGUCUGCAGAGGGGAGGCUCUAUGUCCCACCGGCACACUGGCGGCCUGCAGGCCCGGCUAGCAACCACACGACACUUUGGAAAAUCACGUCCAGUUCGACCCAUGCACAAGUAUAGGGUUCUCAGAGAUGAAGAAAGCAUAGAAGAUACUCAUGAAACUUGGGACAGGGUUGAGUUAAAACAUGACGAUCAUGAAGAAGAAGAGGAGGUGGAGGACCCCCUGCUGUGCGACCCAGAGGAGAUGGACCUUCUCGGGGAGAUCUUCGACACCCUCAGUUCCCGGAGCUCCCACGAGCGCGGGCUCCUCUAUGGCACCCGCAGCCUCGACCUGUUUGGGCCUGACAGCCAUGACUUCAUCACUAAGUGCAGUCUUAUCAACCCAAGCCAAGAGAGCCUUUGUGCUAGUGGCACUGGCAGUCUGCAGAGCUGGAACCUGGAGACCGCAGAGGAGCUGUCGGACUUUGCUCAGGAAAGUGAUGAAUUCAGUCUGGAAAAAUGUAAAACGGAGGAGGAGGAAGAGACACCAAUAAUGAGUGCACAUGAAGACCUUCACAGCAGUCCACAAGAUGAGGCAAAACAAAUGGAUAACAACGAAGACAAUUUAGCUCCAAAAAUUGUGGUAAAUGGAGCAGAUCUUGAAAGGGAUUGUGACAUAAAAAAGGAUGAAAAUAUACAUGUGGCAGAAAAGGACUUGAGUGAGUGUAAGGAACAACUUCAAAAAUCAAAUGAAAAUCAAACUAUAGAAAAUGAUCCAGAGUUGGAACAAAACAAGAAAACUGACACAUGUGUGGACCACCAUGAGGCCAGCCUGUCCCAUGUGGAUGUCGUAGAGGCUCCAAAGCAAGUCCAACCAAAAACCCUCCCAAUCCAGACCACCCCCCCUCCACCCAAAGUGCACUCUGCAACGGCCAGGUUCCAGUGUCACCCCCGUAUCCAAGGACCAGAUUUAAAGUCUAGGAUGAAAACUUUAGCAGAAGCUGGUGGACAUUUACAUAGGAAGGAAAAUCAGUCAGACACAGAGGAGGAAAAGGAUCUGCCUCCUGUUAAAGUGUCUGAACUUAAGAAAAGGUUUGAAAUUUAAUGACAUUUAGUUUUGUUUUUGAAGAUUUUAUUUUAUUUUUUUCAGCCCAAAAGCUUUAUCAGACUGGACAGAUUUUAAGUGUGACAUGGGCGUGAACAGUUAAAAUACAUUCAGCUAAUUGAUGGAGUUGCAGCACUAUCUCAUUGUUUUCCAAAAUAAAGAAAGCCUGCUAAAUUG